UUUAGAGAGUGAGGAAACUGUCCCCUCCUCUCGCAUUUGCGGUGAACUUCAGUCCCGUUGCAUUUCAUUUACUUGACAUAUUUUACGGAAGUAUCUCAGCUCAAAGUUAUUUAAGACGAAUGAUAUAAGCUCGCUGAAGACUGAUGAUACAGAUUUACCUGAGACUUCCUUUAAUAUACUACUGGGGUACGUUUUCCGCGCCAACCAUCGCUCAGAAAUCAAGCUUUCACGUUGUUAUGACAAAAUAAUACUUCCCAAAUAAAAAGUCUAGCUUAAAAUCUUAUAUCCUCAGAAAAUGUUAUCUCAAAUCAACUGAAUUGAACUAUUGUACAUUUAAUGGCCCCAAUUUACAUCUGAAAUUCUUACUUAUAAAUGAACACUAAUGAACAAAUGUCAUUAAGAAGCAAUUAAGAGAUAACAAAUACACGAUACAUUAUAAAGCUUUGAUCAAUGGCAUAGAUCAAGAUCAACUGUUCGUUGUUAUAAAAAAUUUCUAUUUAGUUCUCACUUAGUUAACAUACUGCGAUUAAAAUAUUCUAUAAAAUUAGUUUUACCAUGCCUUAAGCGCGAAGAGCAAAUGCCAUGAUUUGUACUUAUCUGUAAAUCAAGUAAUAGGUUUUGUCAUUCUAUAUAUUGUAUCUGAAAUCAAAAAUAUGCUCUCAAAUAUUUUGAAAAUCUAUUGUUGUAAAGAAAAAAGAUUAGAGAACAGAUUCAAUACAUUUUUAAGAUUAUUAAUUACGAUGUUACGUCCCUUAUUAGAAAAUACAAUUAGUAGGCAUGCCAUGAAUAAGUGAUUCAUCAUGUCCAAGAUUUAUAAACUAUUCAAUAUGUUCUGGAGGUAAAAAAUGCCUGUGUCACUCAAAUAAAUGUGUAACAAAAUAUCAUACGUGCGUACUAAAGCUCAAUGAAGAAUAUUCAACUAGUGAACGUUGUGCAGUAGACAAUGUCAUGUGUAUUGAUAAAAAUUGUCAAUGUAAGCGUAAUCAUAUCUUUCAAGGAGCUAAACGUGUUCCAAGUAUGUUACUUUAUUCUUGUAAGACACACUCGAAAUUUAUGCCACUGAUACGCGUCUAUCGUCGGCAGCUAAAAAAAUUAUAUAUCUGCAGGUAAUAGAAAUACCUAAUUAUUUAAAUUGUGACGUCAGCAUUGCAAAAAAUAUAAUUUAUAGUGGCAUGGACUAUAUCCACUCUUACGGAAAAAAACAAAUGAACACUAUUGAUAAUUUAUGAGUUUCAAUAAGUUUUUGUUAGUGAUCAUUGGUACUCGGAUUAAUGAAGUUUACAAAUCUAUUGGAAAUGAAAAGUGGUGAUCACACUCCUUUAAUAAUAUUGAAGUAGUCCUACUAAUUAAUCUAUAAAUGAAUGAAAAAAACAAUGACAUCCAUAAGUAUUUCCGAGCUCGAAGAGCUCGAACAUGUAUUCACGACAAUGUUUUCGAGCUCAAGGAGCGUGUUGCUCAUAAGAUGCAAGCAAAGUCAUCUUACAGUCACCGAAAUAAAUUUAAGAUGCUUUAAGCAUAAUACAAUACAAAUUUUAUAAUUGCGUGUACCACAGUACUAAGGUGUGACAGCGAAAAAAAAUGUUAAAAUAGGUCAUUUUUAUGGAGCAUCCUAAUAGAAAUCCAUGUAGAAAACCAUGGGUUUUUAGAUUCCCGUAUAGGAAAUCCAUUUAGAAAACUAUGGACACCUGGUUUUUCAUAUAAGAACUUUACAAAGGAACUCGAAUAUUUGGAAUUCUUUGUAGGAAAUGAAUAUGGGAAUCUGGGUUUCUAUGUGAGUAACUUCUCCAAAAUCCAGGGUGUCUCGAUUUUGAUAGCUAUCGUUAAUUCAUACGUGUACAUAAAUACACCAAUAUAUUAAUAUUCGAUUGGCAGCAUACUUUUCAACAACGAGUUGCAUAAUUGAUGCUCUUUGUAUCAGUGCUUGUAAUGAGUUAUUAAUUUAUUUAUCAAACCAAGAAGUAUAAUAUCUUCGUUAUGGAAAUUACUAUUUGAUUACUAUUAAUUUUUGUACUCCUAGAAAAAUGAUGAAAACCCAUUUGCUGUUUAUGGUAUUUGUAUCAAUAACGUGACGUGUUUUGUUAAUUUUCCUAAUUCUUAAUUCAUAUAAGAUUGCCAUAUGGAUUUGGCAUGGCCUUGAUUCCCAUAAGAACCCCUUUGAGAAUCUAUAUCAGUAUUUAUGUUGGAAUCCUAUAUGGCAUAUUUCCAUAAGGUUAGAUUUUCUUAAUGAAAUCGUAAAUUGUGAAAAAUAUUGUUUAUUAUAGGUUGUUUAUAUUUUAUACCAUCUAGCAGAUGACAGGUUUUUCUAAUAUUAAGUUAGUAACAACGUUAACUGUGGUUUAUUAUACCUCAUAUCCUCAUUAAAUUGACAUACUGGUACAAAAAUAAGUAAAAAUAGUAAAGUUUAUUUAUGAAAAACACGUUCAUUAAAUUCAAGCUACGUAGUACUUUUUUUUAAUUAUUUAUAUCAUUUUAUUUAUUAUCAGACGUAUGUUUGAGUAAUAAAAGACAAUAAAUAUAUCCAAUACUAGUUUAGAUAAUGAGUUUAAAAGGUAAAAUUAUUUCGAAGUGAAUCAUCAAUAUGUUUCAAGAUUUCUACGUAUUGGAGCUCAAUUAAGUGUACUAAUCUUGUAGAGAUGAUUAAACUCCUGUUGUUAUUCAGUGCUAUGAAUUUGGCUUAUUCAGCUCAAAAUGACCAGUUAAUUGGGAGCUGGGGUCCGAAUGUUAGACCCACUGGUAAACAGAGUCCAAAUGAGCAAUCCACAGAAAAUACGAGUCCUGACAAAGAGAUCCUGAAUGGAUGGAUGGUUAAAGUCAAGUACCAUAAAUAUUUCAGAUACCAUUAUGGUUUCUUCAUUGAGCCACGAGUAUUCUUGACUUCUUCCUGGAAUGUUGAUAGUAUUAGUGAUAUUAAAUCCAUUGAUGUUUCUAACGACUUACAUAAUUCCUGGCCAGAUAAUAGAAGCCUCCAUGUUGACUUUCAAAAUAUAUACUUCGGGAUGGAAUUGAGCAAACGACCUAAUAAUUCUCAACGAGACUGCGCUGUGUUAAUAACCGAUCAACCAGUUAUUCCAGCAUUCAAAAUUACUGAAAAUACAUUUAUAGAAGUCGUUUCAGAUAUCAAUGAUGUUAAUCUGACCAAAUGUUUUAUACAAGCAUCGAAUACUUCAACCAUGUCGUUCUAUGAUUGUCAUCUUGAAAAUGCUGGUACUUUAAGCAACACAGAUCGUUUUUUUGAGUGCUCAGUUGAUGGUGGCCAAAAAGACCUAACGAAAGAGAGUGGAUUUUUUUGCAAAUUUAAAGAAUUUCCUCAUAAAACAGGUUUCGUUGGAUUAGCAACAAUUGGAUAUUAUACACACAAGAAGCCAAAUAAGACUUUGAACCUUAUUUCAAAUUUAUGUGGAUUAAAUUUAACAGAAAUAAGGAAAUUACUAGAAGUAAAAUAAUUAUAGUCAUGAAAUAAAUAAAACUAUUUUUAUUGAAAGAUAUAAAUUCAUGUUAUAAAAGAAUUAAGCACUAAAAUUAUCUAUAUUGUUCACUUAUCAAUAAAUUGAAAUCAAUAAAAUGUAAUAUUUAUACUGAUAAUUGCAUUGAUGUUCAUUUUUGUAAUUCAUAGAUUGUUAUAUUCGGAAUGAAAUAAUUUUUCUAUGUAACUAUUAUUUUCGUUUAUUAAUGGUGAAAAACAAAAAAUAUCUUUUAGCUGCUUUAUCACUAGCUUAAAAAUGCGACAGUAUAGAUGACGACUUUUAAGCUUGAUGCUUUUUAUGGAAGAGCCACGCCCUAGCGCUAACAUCCUCACUUGUUCUCUUGUAACGCAGAGCAGCCUCAAGCUAAUUCCGGAAUUAACUCGUAUAAAAAAGCUAUACGUUUAAAAAAUUGAUGUUGAGACAUAUUUAUAAUAUCAGACAAUAUAUGUGGUAAAUUAAACUGUAUUGCGAUAGAUAUCAUUUUCUCUCCAUUGAACUUUAUAUUCUACCACCAUUCAUCUAAAGAUAUAUGGGUAAGCAUAUGUUAAUGUGAAUGAAUAUUGAGAAUUGAAUUAUACAUAUGAAAAUAUAUGAUACAUGCGGCUGAGGCAGCCGUUCGACACGUGUGGCUUGGGUGAUCAUCAAAGUUAAGUAGUAUCGAUCAGGAUUACUACCUGACUGGGUGACCGUUUAGCCACGCGUCGGGUUUGAACGGAGGUCUCUGACCAUUAGGUGCGGGAUGAAAAUCCAGUGAUCGGUAAAAUGGGAAUUUCACCGAUUACUGGAACUUUACUCAAACCGAAACUGUACUGGCUAGGUUUUCUCUGUGGUUUCCCUACGCCUCUACUCCUCUAUCGCACAAGAAAGGUAGCAGUGCAUCACAAGUCAGGCCACAGGCACACAAAAACAACCGAGUAUAGGAAAAAUGAGCUGAGUAAACAUUGUAUACCAUGUGACAGACAAUGCUUGCCUACAUACAUGGUGGAUUAGCAGCUAAAAAAGAUAAAUAAUCUAUCAGAAUUUUAUCAUAUUAGUAUCUUCUAUCAUCGAGGCGAUUUGGCAAUUUUAAUUACAUGAAGAUAAAUUAAUUCAAUAUCUAUCAUUAACCGUAAGUUGAAACCGAUUUUUGAGAAUAAGUCGAUCUGUCGUUUUUCCUUCUCAAAUAUAAUUACCUUCAUCCGAUCUUUUAACAUUCAGGAUAGUUAAUAUUGAAUCUUGUGACUGCAAUGAUAAUUUUUAUCAAUUACUAUUCUCUCUGUAAUUAAUAUAUCAAAUAAUUCAUUUAAUUAUUGAUUUCUUGAUUCAAUAAAGAAUAAACCAAAGGGUUUUAUUCCAAAUAAUCGCUCUAUAACUGAUCCCAACGACAUCUGAUCAAACCUACAGAUGGUCUAAUCACCUAAGUUUCAAUUCAAGUUAGCAUUUUUGCCUUUAUAAUCUGUUAGAUUCCUCGUGCCAUCACCGAAGAAUACUAACGAACACUUGGAAAAUCCAAAUGGAAAACUAAUGGCCUAGUACUUUCACGUAUCAAUGAUUUAGUGUCAUUAGUUAGUUCAGUAUAUUUAGUACGCUGAGAAUGCGUAGUUAGUAUUGUCGGUGUUUCCACUGCCCUGAGUGCAUUGCAUUCAUUCUUAGUAUCGACGAUGAAAUCCAAUAAAAAAAAAAAAUUCGAUCCAAUCAUGUAUACUUAUGAUUACUAUUUGUACUGAUCAACUGAUGUUUCUUGAUUUUUUUGUCGAUGAAAAAUUAUUCAACAUUACUAAGACGUGAACCCGGAUCCUUAUGCCUAUCGGUUGUAGCUUAUACCAUUCCGUCAACACUAUGGACUCAGGACUUAAAAUAAUUUUGAAGAUCUAUAAAUAUAUCAUAGAAAUCUCAACAAUCUUAACAAUGUAAAUGAUAUUAAUCGUGAUGAUUGAGUGAUUCAUAAGUUUUCACUGUAUUUAUAUAGAAAUUAAAUAUCACAUUUUGAUGUUGGAGUUUUUUUUUAAUUAACUCAUGAUUAAACUGAUAUCAAUUUCAAUAGCGAUGUAUACUCACUAACCGAACUAUUUAUCAACAUUAUUGAGGACGUAAUUAACACUCAUUACUUUUAAUUGUGAUGUAGGCCCACUAGUCGGACUACUAACGAUUACUAAUGGAACACUAUUCAAUACUAACCAUAUCGAAUAGUAUAAGAAGAUUCAUUAGUCGGAUAAUACUGAUAACACAUUUAUUUAAGUUAUUAGAACAAAGCCUCAAGUUAUGUGUCAUUCUAUUUAAAUAACACAAUUUAUUUAACUGUUAAAUGACGAAAGGAAAGACAAAGUUUCAGAAUUAGAACAUCGAAUAUGUUAAAAUAUUAUUUAUCUACGUCCUUACUUACUCACUUAUACACACACACACGCACGCGCCCGCGCAGGUAGAUGGACGGCUGGACGUACAAACGGUCAGAUGUCUAUCUAAUAAUAAUAGGGAACAUUUCCGUGGACCUCAAAACGACAAUAUCUGUUAAAAAUUCAAAACUUCCGAAACCAGGCCGAAAUAAGUCCCACUGAUAAUUUCAAAUUAUUACAACGGAAAAUCAAAUAUAGACUCCAUGGGGUUUUACAGCCAUAACUUAUAAGAAACGUUCAGUUUGCUAAUGAAGUGAAACUACCAACUAUUAAGGGGCAGUCUUAUCUGAAACUCACACCUGUGAAGCCGUUACUUCACCCAAACCAAGCAAACACGCACUGUAGAGUUUCACCUUUCGCAAAAAUGGUUUCAUAGGUCUAUAAAGACAUUCAUGUAAUCAGAA